AUGGCCUCUCAGGUGAGAUCGUAUCAGACCAGUGUGAUGGCGGUGGGCCGUGUUGUGUGCGACGCAGAGACGGCAUCAGUGCGACUCAACGAUUCGUCAGUGCUCCUGGAAGGAUGCAUUGACCCCUGUGAGGGGGUGAGAGUGCGUCUCGAUCUGCGCCAUCUGCCGUCCUUCUCGCUCUUCCCAGGGGCAGAUCCUGGCAGGCAGCAACCCACACACUCCCACUCCUGCGCUCCCCACUCCCAACUCUCACACUCCUGCUCCGGCUUUCCCACCUACAACUACACCCCCCCCCCCCCCCCUCCCCCCCACACUAGCAUCGACCCCUGUCAGGGCGUGCGGGUGCGGCUCGAUCUGUGCCAUCUGCCGUCCUUCUCGCUCUUCCCAGGGCAGAUCCUGGCCGGUGCGCCUGGACUUGCGUCAUCUGCCAUCCUUCUCGCUCUUCCCAGGGCCGUUGAAUCGAAAGAGAGCAACUCACACACUCCCACUCCUGCUCUCCCACCACCCCAACCCUUCCCUCCCCACAGCAUCGACCCCUGUCAGGGGGUCAGGGUGCGUCUGGACUUGCGCCAUCUGCCGUCCUUCUCGCUCUUCCCCAACUCCCCACACCAUCACCUUUUCCUUUCGACUUUUCUCUGUGCCCCCUUUUCCUGUUAUCCUGAAACUCCUCACCACCCCCUUCACAGCAUUGACCCCUGUCAGGGUGUGAGGGUGCGUCUGGACUUGCGCCAUCUGCCGUCCUUCUCGCUCUUCCCAGGGCAGAUCCUGGCCGUUGAAGGCAGCAACCCCAGCGGCUAUUGCCUCGUUGCCAAACGUAUCGUCGCUGCACUGCCAGAUGGGGAGGGUGGAGUGGAGAAGGGGACAGAGGGAAAGCUGGAUGGUGGUUCUGCUGGUGGUGGUGCCGCGGCUGCUGAUGGGGGUUCUGCUGAGGUGAAAGAGAAAGAGGAAGCUGGGACUGAGGGGAUGGAUUCAGAAGGAGUCAGGGCGGUGGAGAGCGGUGCUGCGGGUGUAAAGGCUGAGGGUAAUGAGGAGGAGGAGGACGACGAUGAGAUCAGGAUUAUCGCUGCAGCAGGCCCCUUCACCACGAUUGACUCGUGGUCCUUCGACCCGCUCAAAGACCUGAUCAGAUUUGCGCUGCAGCGACCACCGGAUGUGCUGCUGCUGAUGGGCCCCUUCAUCGAUCGAGAGCAUCCUGAUGCAAGAGAUGGCUGUGUGGAUCAGACGUAUGAGACUCUCUUUCAGCAGCAUAUCCGGGCACAGGUGGAGGAGUAUUGCGAGCGGGCAGGAGGCAGCUGCAAGGUGUUAUUGCUGCCGUCGUUGCGAGACGCCCACCACACCAUGAUCUUUCCUCAGCCUCCAUUUGACUCGUCGGACUUUGAAGACCCCCGCAAGCAAGUCCUCACACUCGGAAACCCCUCCGCGUUCACACUGGAUAACCAGGUUGGCAUAGCCUGUUCAUCCACCGACAUCCUCCGCCACCUCAGCAAGGAGGAGAUCGCCCGCGUGGCGCCAGGAGACAGCGCCACGUCAGACCGCAUGUCCAGGCUGGCGGCGCACGUGAUUGGCCAGAGGAGCUUCUACCCGCUCUUCCCUCCCCCACCUGCCACCUGUCUCGACCUCUCCUGCUGCCCACAAGCCUUGGACCUCCCCUUUGCCCCUCACCUCCUCGUCCUCCCUUCUGACCUCGUUCCGUUCGUGAAGGUGGGACCUCCUAUUUCACAACCCACAUGCUGCCCUCUUCCUUUUCCAACACCCCCCCUCGUCCCUCCCCCACCUGCCACCUGCCUCGAUCUCUCCUGCUGCCCCCAAGCCCUGGACCUCCCAUCUGAUCUUGUCCCCUUUGUCAAGGUAAGGACUCUUUGCCCCCGCCCUUUUCUGCACUUCUCUUCACUUCUCCACACUCUCUUCCUCUGCCUCCCCGCCACCCCCACCGCCACAUGCCUCGAUCUCUUCUGCUCCCUCCAAGUCUUGCUCUUCCCCUUUGCUCCCCACCUCCUCGUCCUCCCAACAGACCCCGUCCGUUUUGUCAAGGUAUGCUCCAAGGUAUACGCUCUUUGCGCUCACCUCUCCUCUCCCCUCCCAACAGACCCCGUCCGUUUUGUCAAGGCAGCGCCUGGCGCGAUCCACGUCGAACCUGUAAUGGCGUUUAAUCUGCUGGGAAAGAAAGACCAGUUUUCAGGUGCAUAUAUCAGGCCUACACCCCUCCAUCGACAGCCAACCCCCUGCUCCCCCCUCUUCCUCCCCCACCCUGAUUAUACUGCUGCUUUCAAGGCGCUAGCAUUCUUUCUUUGUCCUUCCCUCCCUCCAGACCAUAGUCGCCUGCGUGUGUGUGUCCUCCCUUCCCUCCCUCCCCCCAACCAGACCAGCUGUCAGGUGCAAAUAUCAGGCUUCCACCCCUCCAUCGACAGCCAACCCCCUGCUGCCAAAGCGGCUGCUGCUGGUGCACCAGGUGAGAUGCGGUGCAGUGUGGUGCAACAUGGUGCAUUAGCAGGAGUUGUGAUUGUGAAGUCAACUCAGCAGUUGAUCAUUCAGCAGCUGCACGACCACAGGUUGGUGCUGGUGCUCCAGGUUGAGAGAGGAGGGGCUGAGCUGGAACUUGCCAGUGACGGCAUUUAUGACGCCUGGAAAGCCAGUGACGUACAGAUGCACAUGCGUGUCCCCCAGACUCUCUGCUUUACUGGCACAGGGCUCCUACCCCAGGUUGAGAGAGGAGGGGCUGAGCUGGAACUUGCCAGUGACGGCAUUUAUGACGCCUGGAAAGCCAGUGACGUACAGAUGCACAUGCGUGUCCCCCAGACUCUCUGCUUUACUGGCACAGGGCUCCUACCCCAGGUUGAGAGAGGAGGGGCUGAGCUGGAACUUGCCAGUGACGGCAUUUAUGACGCCUGGAAAGCCAGUGACGUCCAGAUGCACAUGCGUGUCCCCCAGACUCUCUGCUUUACUGGCACAGGGCUCCUACCCCAGGUUGAGAGAGGAGGGGCUGAGCUGGAACUUGCCAGUGACGGCAUUUAUGACGCCUGGAAAGCCAGUGACGUACAGAUGCACAUGCGUGUCCCCCAGACUCUCUGCUUUACUGGCACAGGGCUCCUACCCCAGGUUGAGAGAGGAGGGGCUGAGCUGGAACUUGCCAGUGACGGCAUUUAUGACGCCUGGGAAGCCAGUGACGUGCAGAUGCACAUGCGUGUCCCCCAGACUCUCUGCUUUACUGGCACAGGGCUCCUACCCCAGGUUGAGAGAGGAGGGGCUGAGCUGGAACUUGCCAGUGACGGCAUUUAUGACGCCUGGAAAGCCAGUGACGUACAGAUGCACAUGCGUGUCCCCCAGACUCUCUGCUUUACUGGCACAGGGCUCCUACCCCAGGUUGAGAGAGGAGGGGCUGAGCUGGAACUUGCCAAAGACGGCAUUUAUGACGCCUGGAAAGCCAGUGACGUCCAGAUGCACAUGCGUGUCCCCCAGACUCUCUGCUUUACUGGCACAGGGCUCCUACCCCAGGUUGAGAGAGGAGGGGCUGAGCUGGAACUUGCCAGUGACGGCAUUUAUGACGCCUGGAAAGCCAGUGACGUACAGAUGCACAUGCGUGUCCCCCAGACUCUCUGCUUUACUGGCACAGGGCUCCUACCCCAGGUUGAGAGAGGAGGGGCUGAGCUGGAACUUGCCAGUGACGGCAUUUAUGACGCCUGGAAAGCCAGUGACGUCCAGAUGCACAUGCGUGUCCCCCAGACUCUCUGCUUUACUGGCACAGGGCUCCUACCCCAGGUUGAGAGAGGAGGGGCUGAGCUGGAACUUGCCAGUGACGGCAUUUAUGACGCCUGGAAAGCCAGUGACGUCCAGAUGCACAUGCGUGUCCCCCAGACUCUCUGCUUUACUGGCACAGGGCUCCUACCCCAGGUUGAGAGAGGAGGGGCUGAGCUGGAACUUGCCAGUGACGGCAUUUAUGACGCCUGGAAAGCCAGUGACGUACAGAUGCACAUGCGUGUCCCCCAGACUCUCUGCUUUACUGGCACAGGGCUCCUACCCCAGGUUGAGAGAGGAGGGGCUGAGCUGGAACUUGCCAGUGACGGCAUUUAUGACGCCUGGAAAGCCAGUGACGUCCAGAUGCACAUGCGUGUCCCCCAGACUCUCUGCUUUACUGGCACAGGGCUCCUACCCCAGGUUGAGAGAGGAGGGGCUGAGCUGGAACUUGCCAGUGACGGCAUUUAUGACGCCUGGGAAGCCAGUGACGUGCAGAUGCACAUGCGUGUCCCCCAGACUCUCUGCUUUACUGGCACAGGGCUCCUACCCCAGGUUGAGAGAGGAGGGGCUGAGCUGGAACUUGCCAGUGACGGCAUUUAUGACGCCUGGAAAGCCAGUGACGUACAGAUGCACAUGCGUGUCCCCCAGACUCUCUGCUUUACUGGCACAGGGCUCCUACCCCAGGUUGAGAGAGGAGGGGCUGAGCUGGAACUUGCCAGUGACGGCAUUUAUGACGCCUGGAAAGCCAGUGACGUACAGAUGCACAUGCGUGUCCCCCAGACUCUCUGCUUUACUGGCACAGGGCUCCUACCCCAGGUUGAGAGAGGAGGGGCUGAGCUGGAACUUGCCAGUGACGGCAUUUAUGACGCCUGGAAAGCCAGUGACGUCCAGAUGCACAUGCGUGUCCCCCAGACUCUCUGCUUUACUGGCACAGGGCUCCUACCCCAGGUUGAGAGAGGAGGGGCUGAGCUGGAACUUGCCAGUGACGGCAUUUAUGACGCCUGGAAAGCCAGUGACGUCCAGAUGCACAUGCGUGUCCCCCAGACUCUCUGCUUUACUGGCACAGGGCUCCUACCCCAGGUUGAGAGAGGAGGGGCUGAGCUGGAACUUGCCAGUGACGGCAUUUAUGACGCCUGGAAAGCCAGUGACGUACAGAUGCACAUGCGUGUCCCCCAGACUCUCUGCUUUACUGGCACAGGGCUCCUACCCCAGGUUGAGAGAGGAGGGGCUGAGCUGGAACUUGCCAGUGACGGCAUUUAUGACGCCUGGAAAGCCAGUGACGUCCAGAUGCACAUGCGUGUCCCCCAGACUCUCUGCUUUACUGGCACAGGGCUCCUACCCCAGGUUGAGAGAGGAGGGGCUGAGCUGGAACUUGCCAGUGACGGCAUUUAUGACGCCUGGGAAGCCAGUGACGUGCAGAUGCACAUGCGUGUCCCCCAGACUCUCUGCUUUACUGGCACAGGGCUCCUACCCCAGGUUGAGAGAGGAGGGGCUGAGCUGGAACUUGCCAGUGACGGCAUUUAUGACGCCUGGAAAGCCAGUGACGUACAGAUGCACAUGCGUGUCCCCCAGAUUCUCUGCUUUACUGGCACAGGGCUCCUACCCCAGGUUGAGAGAGGAGGGGCUGAGCUGGAACUUGCCAGUGACGGCAUUUAUGACGCCUGGAAAGCCAGUGACGUACAGAUGCACAUGCGUGUCCCCCAGACUCUCUGCUUUACUGGCACAGGGCUCCUACCCCAGGUUGAGAGAGGAGGGGCUGAGCUGGAACUUGCCAGUGACGGCAUUUAUGACGCCUGGAAAGCCAGUGACGUACAGAUGCACAUGCGUGUCCCCCAGACUCUCUGCUUUACUGGCACAGGGCUCCUACCCCAGGUUGAGAGAGGAGGGGCUGAGCUGGAACUUGCCAGUGACGGCAUUUAUGACGCCUGGAAAGCCAGUGACGUCCAGAUGCACAUGCGUGUCCCCCAGACUCUCUGCUUUACUGGCACAGGGCUCCUACCCCAGGUUGAGAGAGGAGGGGCUGAGCUGGAACUUGCCAGUGACGGCAUUUAUGACGCCUGGAAAGCCAGUGACGUACAGAUGCACAUGCGUGUCCCCCAGACUCUCUGCUUUACUGGCACAGGGCUCCUACCCCAGGUUGAGAGAGGAGGGGCUGAGCUGGAACUUGCCAGUGACGGCAUUUAUGACGCCUGGAAAGCCAGUGACGUCCAGAUGCACAUGCGUGUCCCCCAGACUCUCUGCUUUACUGGCACAGGGCUCCUACCCCAGGUUGAGAGAGGAGGGGCUGAGCUGGAACUUGCCAGUGACGGCAUUUAUGACGCCUGGAAAGCCAGUGACGUACAGAUGCACAUGCGUGUCCCCCAGACUCUCUGCUUUACUGGCACAGGGCUCCUACCCCAGGUUGAGAGAGGAGGGGCUGAGCUGGAACUUGCCAGUGACGGCAUUUAUGACGCCUGGAAAGCCAGUGACGUCCAGAUGCACAUGCGUGUCCCCCAGACUCUCUGCUUUACUGGCACAGGGCUCCUACCCCAGGUUGAGAGAGGAGGGGCUGAGCUGGAACUUGCCAGUGACGGCAUUUAUGACGCCUGGGAAGCCAGUGACGUGCAGAUGCACAUGCGUGUCCCCCAGACUCUCUGCUUUACUGGCACAGGGCUCCUACCCCAGGUUGAGAGAGGAGGGGCUGAGCUGGAACUUGCCAGUGACGGCAUUUAUGACGCCUGGAAAGCCAGUGACGUACAGAUGCACAUGCGUGUCCCCCAGACUCUCUGCUUUACUGGCACAGGGCUCCUACCCCAGGUUGAGAGAGGAGGGGCUGAGCUGGAACUUGCCAGUGACGGCAUUUAUGACGCCUGGAAAGCCAGUGACGUACAGAUGCACAUGCGUGUCCCCCAGACUCUCUGCUUUACUGGCACAGGGCUCCUACCCCAGGUUGAGAGAGGAGGGGCUGAGCUGGAACUUGCCAGUGACGGCAUUUAUGACGCCUGGAAAGCCAGUGACGUACAGAUGCACAUGCGUGUCCCCCAGACUCUCUGCUUUACUGGCACAGGGCUCCUACCCCAGGUUGAGAGAGGAGGGGCUGAGCUGGAACUUGCCAGUGACGGCAUUUAUGACGCCUGGAAAGCCAGUGACGUCCAGAUGCACAUGCGUGUCCCCCAGACUCUCUGCUUUACUGGCACAGGGCUCCUACCCCAGGUUGAGAGAGGAGGGGCUGAGCUGGAACUUGCCAGUGACGGCAUUUAUGACGCCUGGAAAGCCAGUGACGUACAGAUGCACAUGCGUGUCCCCCAGACUCUCUGCUUUACUGGCACAGGGCUCCUACCCCAGGUUGAGAGAGGAGGGGCUGAGCUGGAACUUGCCAGUGACGGCAUUUAUGACGCCUGGAAAGCCAGUGACGUCCAGAUGCACAUGCGUGUCCCCCAGACUCUCUGCUUUACUGGCACAGGGCUCCUACCCCAGGUUGAGAGAGGAGGGGCUGAGCUGGAACUUGCCAGUGACGGCAUUUAUGACGCCUGGGAAGCCAGUGACGUGCAGAUGCACAUGCGUGUCCCCCAGACUCUCUGCUUUACUGGCACAGGGCUCCUACCCCAGGUUGAGAGAGGAGGGGCUGAGCUGGAACUUGCCAGUGACGGCAUUUAUGACGCCUGGAAAGCCAGUGACGUACAGAUGCACAUGCGUGUCCCCCAGACUCUCUGCUUUACUGGCACAGGGCUCCUACCCCAGGUUGAGAGAGGAGGGGCUGAGCUGGAACUUGCCAGUGACGGCAUUUAUGACGCCUGGAAAGCCAGUGACGUACAGAUGCACAUGCGUGUCCCCCAGACUCUCUGCUUUACUGGCACAGGGCUCCUACCCCAGGUUGAGAGAGGAGGGGCUGAGCUGGAACUUGCCAGUGACGGCAUUUAUGACGCCUGGAAAGCCAGUGACGUACAGAUGCACAUGCGUGUCCCCCAGACUCUCUGCUUUACUGGCACAGGGCUCCUACCCCAGGUUGAGAGAGGAGGGGCUGAGCUGGAACUUGCCAGUGACGGCAUUUAUGACGCCUGGAAAGCCAGUGACGUACAGAUGCACAUGCGUGUCCCCCAGACUCUCUGCUUUACUGGCACAGGGCUCCUACCCCAGGUUGAGAGAGGAGGGGCUGAGCUGGAACUUGCCAGUGACGACAUGUGUGGCGCCUGGAAGGCCAGUGACGUACACACGCACAUGCACGGAAAGCCAGUGACGUACAGAUGCACAUGCACGGAAAGCCUGAAACUUCCCCAAACUCUGUACGUGCACACUUGUUGUCCUGCGUGCUGGCGGGACUCCUUUCACCGAGGGUUGACAAAGGUGGAGCUGAACCUACGCAUGCAUGCCAGUGAGGAGGUUUGA